AUGCGUUUCUGGGGCAAUCCAAGUACGGAGAAAAAGAAGCUGUCCAGAGAGAAGCUGGUUCCGGGCCCCGACUCUCUGGAGCUGGACUCUGCAGAUGGUGCUCUGCCCGGAGAAGGUCAGGAGAACAUGUCUCCGCCCCUCAGCCCCAGCGGACUCUGGAGCGGGGGGAGCAGGGAGCAUAAGGAGAACAAGGAGCCCUCGCCCAAAGUGAAGAGGAGACGCAGCGUGAAGAUCAGCAGUGUGACGCUGGAGCCCCCCGCCCAGUGGCAGAACGAUGCACUGCACAUCCUGUCCUGCUCCAACGAUUACCGCAGCAUGAACGACUUCCUCAUGAAGAAGGUGCUGCUCUCACCCCUGACCCCCGACCCCUCUGCUUCUACUGCCUCUUCUCUCAUGACUCUGUUUGGGGCAAAUAUGUACAAUUCCAGUCAAAUCAAUGAUUUGGAGGCUGAAGACAGUAAGAAGGACACGAUGGUGGACGUGGUUUAUCAAAAAGGCUCUGAAGGAGUUCCGUCUGAACAUCUUCAUCACCUACUCUACAGCGCUGGUGGUGCGUACUCCAUUGCUGCACUUUACCAGCAGCACUUUAUACUAUGGACGGAGUGCAAAAGCGUGCGCUACAAAGACCUGUACGCUCUGUUCGAACACAAUCCUGGAGAAGAGCAUGAGGCAGGAGCAAAGGGACUGGAGCGAGUCCCCGCACCGUUACCAAGGUACCACAUGAGCACAGGGACCAUAGCAUGGUCACCAAGGUACCACAUGAGGCACAGGGACCAUAGCAUGGUCACCAAGGUACCACAUGAGCACAGGGACCAUAGCAUGGUCACCAAGGUACCACAUGAGCACAGGGACCAUAGCAUGGUCACCAAGGUGGAGGAACACAACGGCCACAUCUUCAAGUCCACUCAGUACAGCAUCCCCACGUACUGCGAGUUUUGCUCUUCCCUCAUCUGGAUGAUGGACCGCGCCUGUGUCUGCAAACUGUGCCGAUACGCCUGCCACCGCAAGUGCUGCCAGAAAAUGACCACCAAGUGCAGUAAGAAGUUCGACCGGAGCUCUCGUCCCGACAGUUCGGAGUGGAGGUGUCCCGUCUCACCAGCGAUGAGAGAGCGGUGCCCCUAG